UAGGUGGCGCUCUUUCAGUGUGAUUAAUGUGAUAUUCAGUCAGUGGUGAUGGUGGGAGGAGCCAGUAAAGCUGCUCAUUACUGAUGAAGAGCUGAAUAAAGAGGAAGUAACUAAAGCAGACAGAUGUAGAGACAGAGAGAUUCACACAGAGAUCAUUCAGCAUAAAGAAGACUGAACUCAACUCACAAUGAAGAUCCUCCUCAUCUUCUUCACUUUCUACCUGAUCUCAGGUGCAGUAAGAUGUUUUGAUGUGACUGGAUAUUCUGGAGGAAGCGUUCUUGUUGAUUCAUGGAAUCCUUGGCACAAAAAUGAUCCUAAAUACAUGCAGAAGCUACAGAGUGCAAUAAUUAUAAAUAACACGAAACAUGAUCAGUGGAUUAAUGAAGGAAGUUUCACUUUAUUUUGCAAUAAAUACAGAAACCUCAUGAUCUACAUUAAAGAAAUGAACCAACAAGAUGCUGGAACAUACAAAAUUGGGGUUGAAGACAAAUGGUUCAUUGAUAUGACUCUGAAUGUGGAAAAAGAUUCAUGUUGUAAAGUAUCGAAGACAGUGAUGGUGAAUAGUGAAGAAAGUGCCAAUUUCAGCUGUGAAUAUUCACAGAAUCAUAUUAAUGAUGUAAAGAUCAUAUUCAAAGAGAGAAAAUACUCUGUUGAUAUGAUGUACAGUGCAUGGAAUAAGGAGGAAAGAUUUAGCAUUUCAGAUGACAGAGGUAAAAACCUCUUUAUUGUGACAAUUACUGCUGUGACACCAGAUGAUGGAGGAGUUUAUUUAUGUGGAGUUUGGCACUACAAACAUCCAAACACUUACGCCAUUAUUAAUACUGUUCAACUACGUAUAAAUUCUAAAGUGGGCGUGUCUAGAGUGAGCGGCUACUCAGGAGGUGGUUUGAUGAUCAAGUGUGAACAUCCUCAAUACAAAACCAAACCAAAAUACAUCUGUAAAGAAUCAGAUGGAUGUUCAGAGAGGAAGAAUCCAGGAGUUCAGGAUGAAUGGAUGGAGAAUGGAGAUGUUUCUUUAUAUGACGACACCAGAGCAGGAGUCUUGAUGGUGUUUUUUAGAGAACUGAAAGCUGCAGAUGCUGGAACAUACAGGUGUGGAGUGAAUGUAUCUCACUAUACUGAGAGAUUCACUAAACUUGAACUGAACGUCAAACAUGAUGCAGCAUUUCUGACCGAAUCUACUAAUCUUGGUGGAGCAGUCAACAUUACCUGUCAGAUCCCAGAGGAACAUGAAGUUCAUUUCUGCAAAGAGGAUGAUAAUCACAUCUGCCAAAACAUCAGCUCAUCUAAAGUGACACAAAUAAUUUUUUCAUCUGAGAGAAAUGAAGAGAGAGUUUUUACAGUGAUCAUCAGUAAUGUGAGUGUGAGAGAUGCUGGAGUUUACUGGUGUGGAGCAGAAACCAGAGACACAUAUUUGACUUUCAUCUCCCUGAACACUAAAAUUCAGCUCAUUGUGAUUAUGGCUCCAGUAGUGAGACAUGAAGGAGAAUCUGCUGAGAUCAUCUGCCCUUAUGAUUCAAUCUAUAAAUCAAAGUCAAAGUCUCUCUGUAAGGGGAAGUGCUCCACUAGAGACAGAAAUACUCUCAAUGAGACUGUGAGAGAAGAGAAAGAGACCAAGACUGACAGAUUGACUCUGAAUGAUGACGUCACUGCAAGUGUCUUCACUGGGACCAUCACUGGACUGACAGCAGAGGAUGCUGGGAAAUACUGGUGUGCAGUGACAUUAGAAAGAGACCUCAAUUAUCUUUACACUCAUCUGAUCGUCAUCAUGAACGAGGAGCUGAACUUGACUAAGUAUGAAGGAGACGACGUGUCAAUCCAGUGCAAACAUCAGGAUGAAGAUCAGAAAAGCUUCUGCAAAGCACAUGAAGCCUCCAUGUGUGUGAAGGAUGGAGUUUCAUUGGAGACGAUCAGAGAUGAUCGAUUCUCUUUCAGUGAUGAAGCAUCUACUGGAGUCUUUACUGUGAACAUCAUUGAUCUGAGAGAAGAGGAUUCUGGGAUAUACUGGUGUGGCGCUCACGUCACCACUAAAGUCAAUCUCACUGUUAAAAAGGAUUACUCUUUGCUGAAUAUUAUUUCUAUGUGUUUGACUUUGCUGCUGAUUGGAGGAUUCACUGUGACUGAGUGUUUAUUAAGAUGAGAUGCAGGUCACAAACGAACUUACAUUGAACCUUCACCAUCAUUGAAAAUGUGAUUAAAUAUUACAUGUUAAAAAAUGUAGGUUAGGAUUUUGAAAUUCUUAUUGAUCUCAAAGUUUCUGACAAGUGCUGAAGGUGUUGUUUUUUGCAUGAUAUAGACUCAGUUUUUCCAUCCAGCAUAAAGCCACAGACAACUGGUGAAGGUUCAGAGUCUCAGUUUGACUGUGAAGAUUAGACUUACUCAGGAAACCCACAGUGAACAGUGAGAUGCUAAACACCAUUUGUAGGCAGAAGACAAAGAUGCAGAUUGUAUUUGUUUUUUUUUUUUUUUUUUUUUUUUUUUUUUUUUUUGAUUGUGUGUGUAAUUCUGCUCUUGGUGGAUUCACCAAUUCUGAUUGUAAAUUAAUGGUAUGAUGUACAACCUGAAUAAAAUGGAAAAAUGAAUUGUAAAUUUAACAGGUAGAACAGGAGGUGCUGAAAAGAAACCAACAUGACAAGCUCUCAUGCUUGUGGUUUUCUUUUCCUCUUGCUGUUUAUAUUCUUCAGUUUACUUUAACUACCUGCAAGUGUGAUAAAAAAAAAAAAAAAAAACAUGACACUGUUCGUUUAUUAAUGAUGGACACAGACUUUCUACUCCAUAAAGAGAUUAUGUAAAUCUGUCUAAUAUAUCAUAAUACUGUAUAUAGAAUGACAAAGUAAUUCUUAAAGGUUUUUUAGGUCAUAUAAACAUUCUGUUGCAUGUAGAAAAACUGUUUUGUUUUUGUUUGUUUUUACAACGUUGUUACAUGAUUGCCUAAUAAAUAGUCUUUGGCUCCAUCUAUUUGCAAUAGCUGAUGGAGAAUCUAAUGAUCUGAGCUUUGUAUCUAUAUGAUCGCAGA